AUGCCGUUAGUAGACGAAGACAAUACGAACCGGGAUGCAGGAAAUUCGAACUCCGGACAGCUUACUGGUCAAUUAACGAGACAAAUUGCAAGUGGAAAUACAAUUAAUAUAGAUUUCUUCGAUGUUAAGCAACAAACGUUUCGAAGAUGGUUGCAGCGUUUAGAAGGAGCUUUUCGUUUUUUUAAAAUUCAAGAAGGGCAAGAGAAGGUGGCUUAUUUAUUACAUUUUCUCGGCGUAGAGGCUUUCGGAAUUCUUUGCGAUCGAUUGGAUCCACAAGACCCAUACCUUUUGCCUUAUGAUGCCCUACUUAAUAAAUUAAAAGAAUAUUACGCUCCGGAGCCGUUGGAAAUAGCGGAAAUUUUUGUUUUUCGGAAGCGAUUACAAUUACCGGAGGAAAGUGCUCAAGAGUAUAUGGCUGCAUUGCAAAAGCUGUCUUUAUAUUGCAAGUUCGGCGAAUAUUUGAAGACGGAGCUCAGGAAUCAAUUUGUUUUUGGACUGAGGAAUCAACGUAUCCAAGGUCGACUUUUGGAGACAGCAAACCUGACGAUGGAAUCAGCCUUGAAGACGGCUAGCGGGAUGGAGUUAGCGGAAAAAGGCGUAAACGAAUUAAAGUCAGAAGCGGCAGCGGCAGUGGAUUUCGUCGGAUCAAAUGGUAAAGCGUUGAAGAAGAAAACAGACAAUGAGACCAAAGUGAAGGGCCAUUCGAAGAACUAUAAACCUGGAAGAAGGACAAAUUCGUGUGGACAGAAUCAUCUGGCGCCGGAUUGCACUCUUCCUCGACACGUGAAGUGUCAUGAAUGUGGUGGUUUUGGCCAUUUGCAGAAAGUCUGCAAGAAGAAAUGCAAAGCUCAGUUAUUGGAAGAGGUUUAUCGAUUGGAUGAAAUGGAACAUUCGUAUUUCCGGGAUAAGUUCAUGGUCUCUCUUUCUGGAAAAUCGGCGAGUAACCUUCGAGGUAGAUUGCGGAGCUGCGGUCACUCUGGUUUUGUAAAAGUUAAAGUACGCGACAUUGAUUGUAUACGCGAGUUGAAUAUGUAUGUAGUCUGUUAUGAUAGAAGUCCUUUAUUGGGUCGUGAGUGGAUAAACCAGUUAGGAAUAUUAGGAAAAGUAAAGUCGAGUUUGAGAGAAAUUGAAAACAUAAAAUCGCUGGAAAUAGAAGGUCAAGUUAAAUUAGAAUUAUUAUUUAAGAAAUAUCCUGAUGUACUGAGUGAGGAGUUUCCAUCCAUGAGUAAAAUCGAAGCACGGUUAAAAUUAAAAGAAAACGCGAAACCGGUAUUCUUAAAAAAUCGGGUAGUUCCAUUUAAAUUAAAAGAAAAAGUUGAAGCAGAAUUAGAAAAUAUGGUUCAAGCGGGAAUCUUAGAGAAGGUAGAGUCUUCAAGAUGGGCUACGCCAAUAGUACCGGUAUUAAAAAAGAACGGACAAAUUAGAAUUUGUGGCGAUUUCAGCGUCACAGUUAAUCCGUUGUUAGUGGUGGAUGAACACCCCUUACCCACGAUCGAUGAACUUUUUGCGUCAAUGACAGGAGGAAAAAUAUUCUCUAAAAUUGAUUUAAAGCAGGCGUAUCUGCAAUUGCCGGUAACAGAACAAAUAGAGAAAUUUUAA